CAUCUCAUAAAUUAUACUACAAUUCUCUACCAACUCUCCUAUAAAUUAAAGCUCUUCUUUCAUCAAUAUUUGUCUCUUCUUCUAAUUAAGUUAACCAACAAUUUAAAACUCACAACCCCAAAAAAAGUCUUCACUUGUAAUAUAGAGAGUACUUAUAUAGGAAAAUGAAUCAAAAAUUGCCCGUUAUGGCAAAAAGAUUCUGGAAGGUAGUUCGGGUGGCUUACUUCAUGCUGAAAAAAGGGUUAUCUUCAAAGAGAAAACUAAUGUUUGAACUCAACUUAUUAGUGAAACGUGGCAAGAUUGCUGGCAAAACCUCCAUCCAAAAUCUCAUGUUCCACGACCAUAAUAAUAAUAAUACACAAGGCCAUCACUCAUCGUCCAAAGAGUUUUACGAGUUCAGCUGCAGUAACAGCCCAGCUUUUCAUCUCCCAUUCCACCUCAACAAACGCAUUAAUAAGCAUAGUCACCAUGCCCAUGUCAUUGAGAAGCACGAAGAUGUUUCAAUGAUAAAUGCUGCUGUCUUUAAGGCAUUGGAGAUGAUACAGAGUGAAACGGCAUCACCUGCUUUGCCUGGAUUCGGGAGGACACCUACUGUGAGGCAAUUAAGGAUCACUGACUCUCCUUUCCCUUUAAGAGAUGGAGCAGAUGAGGGUGACAUGAUGAGCCACGUAGACGAGAAAGCUGAUGAAUUCAUUUCUCGAUUCUACAGAGAUUUGAGAAGAGAGGCCUCAUCUUUCGCUUAAUGUUUUGGAAUUUUUCAGAAUUAAAAGUCUUAGAGGAAGAUAGAAUAAGAAAAUAAUCUAGAGUUUUUAAACGUGAUUUCAUGCUAUAAUACAUUCAAGGCUGUACGUCCUGAAAUUUUGCACAACAAAAAUUCUCUCUUA